AUGACCAUCGUCGACUGGCAACAAAAAGCUCAGCUUAAGCAGUCUGAAGCUGCUAGCAAGAUCCCUCAAGAAUGGAGACUCUCUUCAGAUAUCCUGAAUGCCAUUUCAAGCGAGUCCAAUGUCCUUGACAUUCCCACAAAGUGCGGUAUUCUUUCUGCUCGCGAGCUCGACAUCACCGCAAACCACGACGCCACUGAUCUCCUGCAGAAAUUGGCGUCAAAAGAGCUCAGUGCUGUGGAUGUCACAACAGCCUUUUGCAAACGUGCUGCUAUUGCCCAGCAGCUUACGUUCUGCCUGACCGAAACGUUCUUCGACCAAGCACUCGACCGAGCUCGGCAACUGGAUGACCAUCUGGCGUCUACGGGAAAGACCAUUGGUCCCCUCCAUGGCCUUCCCAUCAGUCUGAAAGAGAGCUUCAAUGUUGCCGGCGUGCCAACCUCUCUUGGGUUUGUAUCCUACCUGGACCGUCCGGCCCCAACCACAAACUCGGCCUUGGUCGAUAUCCUCCUAACCGCCGGUGCUGUUCUUUACGUCAAAACCAAUGUUCCGCAGACCAUGAUGACGGCAGACUCGCAUAACAAUGUAUUUGGCCGCGUCCUCAACCCACACCGCCGGAGUCUCACCGCAGGGGGAAGCACAGGGGGCGAGGGUGCUCUGAUAGCCCUCCGUGGCUCGGUGCUAGGCAUCGGCACCGACAUUGCAGGAUCCAUCCGCAUCCCGGCGCUGUGCUGCGGAACAACCGGAUUUAAGCCAUCCGUUGGCCGGGUGCCAUGCGGGGGCCAAACAUCCGCCGGCCGAGUCGGUAUGGCAGGAAUUACGGCCGUAACAGGGCCGUUGUGCCAUUCCCUCAGGGACGCCGAGCUCCUCCUCCGGACUGUGUUCGACUCGCAGCCCGAGGAUCUCGACGACGGCGUCGUGGGCUUCCCCUGGUGUGAUGCGCCCGCAAAGGAUGUGCUCACAAUCGGCGUCAUGGCAGAGGACCCCAAGUACCCGAUUCAUCCACCCAUGCAGCGGACUCUGGCUCUCGCGGUAAAGAAGCUCGCCGCAGCCGGUCAUCGUAUUGUCGACUUGACCGGGAAAUUGCCCAGUAUCUCUGAUGCCUGUGAAUUGUCUUUCCGAUACUUCAACAUGGAUCCCGACCGGACAGCUUUGAAGAAGAUCUCCGACAGCGGCGAGCCCCCCGUCCCCUCCCUGCGCGUCACAUAUAAUGUCGACGAGCCCGGACCCGAGCCGACGCUGCGAGAACUAUAUGAUAUGAACGUGAGGCGGGGAGAAGUGAUGGCAGAGGCGCGGAAGGCGUUCCUCGAGAAUCAGCUGGAUGUUAUCAUCGGUCCGGGUUACCAGGGCUGUGCUCCUCCUCACGACGAAUACGGGACGCCAGCAUAUACCGUUUUCUGUAACUUGCUCGAUUAUCCAUCUUGCGUUCUUCCCUUUGGCAAGGCCGAUGAGGCUGCCGACGCCGAGUUUCUGAGGGAUGUCCAGUACUCCCCAGCGUACAAGCCCAAAGAAGUCGAAGGUGCACCAUGCCACGUGCAGAUCAUCGGUAGAAAGCUGAAGGAUGAGGCAUUGAUGCAGCACGCCAAGGUGAUUGAAAGUAUAUUAUUGAAGUAG